CUGAGGCCUGUGGCGCCGUCACCCGGCAGACCCGAGCGGGUGGAGGGAGGCGCCGCCGGCCAGGCGAGCGGAGACAGAUCGGGGCUGCACCGGCGGCCGGUCCACCCUCCCGCCGCCGUCCUCCGGCCCGCGGACCGCGCGGUCCCGUUAUCAUGUCGUUGAGGCAGCUGCUGGUCCAGCUGGUCGGCAGUUUGCAGGACCCGCAGAAAGUGGCUCGUUUUCAACGGCUGUGCGGGGUGGAAGCGCCGGUGAGCCGCACCGCCACAGCUGCCGCCGACCCGAGGGAGGAUGAAAAGGCGGAGGCGCCCCUCGCCGGAGAAUCCAGGCGCCGAGAGCGGCAGCUGGGGGCGUCCGGAGGCCCCCCACCGCCCGGGAGCGACCGCAAUCAGUGCCCAGCCAAGCCGGGCGGCGGCGGCGCCCCCAACGGCGUGCGGAACGGGCGGGCGACCCAGCUGGGCCCGGCCUCGCAGCGCCGCGCGGGGGUCCUGCGCCGCAACUCGCUGACGGGCGAGGAGGGUCAGUUGGCCCACGUGAGCAACAUGCCUCUCUACUACCUGUUCUGCUUCGGCACGGAGCUGGGCAAUGAACUCUUUUACAUCCUGUUCUUCCCCUUCUGGAUCUGGAACCUGGACGCCCUAGUGGGCCGGAGGCUCGUGGUCAUCUGGGUGCUGGCCAUGUACCUGGGCCAGUGCACCAAGGACAUCAUCCGCUGGCCGCGGCCCGCCUCGCCGCCCGUGGUCAAGUUGGAGGUUUUCUACAACUCAGAGUACAGCAUGCCCUCCACCCAUGCCAUGUCCGGCACCGCCAUCCCCAUCUCCAUGAUCCUCCUCACCUAUGGCCGCUGGCAGUAUCCUCUUAUAUAUGGACUGAUUCUUAUUCCCUGCUGGUGUUCUCUAGUUUGCCUAAGUAGAAUUUACAUGGGCAUGCACUCCAUUCUGGAUGUUAUUGCUGGAUUCGUAUAUACCAUUUUAAUCUUAGCUAUCUUCUAUCCAUUUGUGGACCUGAUUGACAACUUCAACCAAACUCACAAAUAUGCUCCAUUAAUCAUCAUCGGGCUUCAUUUAGCCUUGGGGAUCUUUUCUUUCACUCUAGACACUUGGAGUACAUCCCGGGGAGACACAGCUGAGAUUCUAGGAAGUGGUGCUGGGAUUGCAUGUGGAUCUCAUUUUACCUAUAAAAUGGGUCUAAUAUUAGAUCCUCCUCUGGAUAUAUUACCUUUACCUAGGUCCCCUAUUUCAGUGACUCUGUUUGGAAAAGCCAUAUUGCGGAUUCUCGUAGGGAUGUUGUUUGUACUAGUAGUCAGAGAUAUAAUGAAAAGGAUCACUAUUCCUUUAGCCUGUAAAAUCUUCAAUAUACCAUGUGAUGAUGUUCGAAAAGCAAGACAGCACAUGGAAGUUGAACUUCCUUAUCGGUAUAUUACCUAUGGAAUGGUUGGCUUCUCUAUCACAUUUUUUGUUCCUUACAUAUUUUUCUUUAUUGGUAUCUCUUGAUGGAGAAAUAUUGUUUACGAUAAGAAAGGAGGGUAUCAGUUACUGAUAUCUAAAACCAUAUUCUAGUUAAAAGCCAAAUCAGAGUUAGGCUUUUGCAGGAAUUUAACUUAAAUAAUUAUUUAAGUAAAUUCAUAGGAGUCAGUGCAUUUUAUCAUUGCACAUCCAGUUAUUGUUUUAGGUGAGCUGAGCUAUUUCAACAUUGAGAAAAUGAUAAGUAUCCAUUUGGAAUGUUCAUGUAAUAUUUGGAGAGUUUUGUGCUGUUAUGGAUUCAAGUUAUAUAUAAUAUAUAUUAAGGAACAUAAUAUACAAUUAUGUAUCUAAUAUAUGUUAUAUAUAAAAUAAUAUACCUAAGUUUUUUUAAACCAUGGGGGUGUAUUAUAAAAUCAAUAAUAAUAUGCAAACAGUUGUGCCUGUGUAUUUGGACUUAAUACAGUUAUGUUGUUAUUAACAGAUAUAUUUAAUGUUUAUUUACUAUGGGAGCCAUUUCCUAAUCAAAUUGCAUAAUUACUAGACCAGAAUUCGUAUGCUACCACAUAUUGAUUUACUGCCUCGUUUUAUACUGCCAUCACCUUUCAUGUUACUCAUGAUGUUGAACAUAGGAGGCAUUUUUAAUGGACCAAAUUUUCAGAAAAAUUAGUUUUUGGAUUCCUUUUUUUUGUUUCCCAGUUCUGUACACUGUGUUGAAUGUACUUUAUUUGCACUUGUUCUGGACAUUAGUUUAAUAAUUCAGGUACUGAAUUUUAUUGCUUGCUAAUUGUGCCUUUCUGUUGCUGAAUUAAGAAAUGCCAUGUAUACUGUGAUAUAAAAAUAAGACUAACUUUAUCUUAAGUUACAUAUAAUCAGACAAAUAUUUUAAAAAAUAUCUGUCAAGCUAACAGGGCUAGCAGUAAACCACCUUCAGUUCUUUAGCCUUUGUUUAGAAAGAAAUGUGGAAUGGACUAAACUUUCUCACUAAUUUAUUGGGAACCUAAAUGGAUAAAUAUUUCCAUUUUUGUAGGUAUUUUUCUGUGCAUUGUAAGUUAUAGGAGCAAGAUAUAUUUUUUGUACAUUGUCUUGAUCAUUUAUACUACAGGUAGAUAUUUCCAAUGAAUGGAGCUGUAAUUGAACUUUAUAGAUGGGACAAUGCACGUUUCAUAUGUAAGCAAAUCAUUUUUCUAAAUUAUUUGGAAAUGAUUGGGUUUAGCAGUGUUAACUUUUAAUACCAUUUAUUAGCUACUGCGGUAAAUUAUAAAAUUUUAAAGUAUCAGUAUUUUAGGUCCUAUUUUUUUUUCAACCUUUUAUUAUUUUCAUGGUGGAAUAUUUGAGUAUAAAUAUUAAACUAUUCUUUAUUCUGUUCGUGCCUUUAUAUUUUGAAGUGUAAUUGUAAUUAGGUUAACAUUAAGUUUAUUUGUAGUAAGUUUUUCAUAAAGAAGAGAAUUAACUUUCUAUGUAAAUGAGCAUCAGGUAUGGAAUUACUGACUUAGUGCAAUAUCUGUCUGAUUAUCCAGAGGUAUCAACUUAAGAUGUUUCUAUUUUGGGCAGCAUAACUAUUUGAGCUCAUAUUUUUAUAAUUCUGAUUGAAAAUUUAGGGACGUGGUAAUUUUUGCCAAUAGUGAAUCUGAUAAUUGUAAGUAAAGCAACUAAAUUUUCAACAUUUACCUAUUAGUUAACAGAAAACCAAGGCACUUAGGAACAUAUCGGUACGUUGGAAAAUGUGCAAAGAACUUUUCUUUCAAAAUGUGUUCACUGAAUCAAAUUUUAGGGACUAUUUCCCAUAAUUUGAGUAUAUGCUAUCUUAUUAACUUUUAUAUCUAGCUUAAAAGGUAUUUGAAAAUAUUCCAUUUCUUUGUGAUUUAUUAUUUUCUGUCCUAUGAUAGUUCCACGCUAAAUGUAUUUUUAAAUAAAAGCCAAAUUCAAGAUUG